GAGCUAGGAGCAGUGGUCUCCUGUCCUCUUCCUUAUCGUUGGGUUGGUGUGGCUGCCUUGCCCUGUCGGCCCCCCUCCCCUCCCCCUCCCUUCCCCAGCAAAAGCAAACCCUCGUCGCUUCCAUCCCGCAUCUCGCCGCCGCCGGCUGCUGGCACCUCGAACGAUCGCGCUCACCUCCCUCGGAUCUGCGCCUCGCCGGACUCGGCUCCCAACGAACGUCACUGAACGGACGGACGCCGGAUUCGCCUGCUCGAUCGCGCCGCCGCCACCGCCGGAUUUGACAACGCCAGACACACGACUCUCCGGCCUAGGGCCCCUUCCCUCCCAUGCAGCCGAGGUCGCGCAUUCGUGGCCGCGACCCACCCUCAGCCUCAGGGGGAGGAGCGGGAGGAGGACGCUACCGCCGCCGCUCACCGCCGCCGCCCCACCAGCGCCGCCCUCCCCAGCCGCAGAGGCGCAGCCCCGAGCGGCCCCUACCGCCGCGGCGCUACGACGACAAUCCCCUCCCCGACAUCGCCGACCGGCGUUCGCGCGCCGACAUCCUGCUCGAGGCCGGCCGCCUCGCCGCGCACUACUUGGUCGAACAAGGCGUCCUCCCCGUGCACGUCCUCCGGGCCAGGGAAGACCCCAAUCACAAGCCCGCCCCACGCCACGAGCCACCCGACCCCUCUCCCGCCACCUACGGGAGGAAGCUAGACGAACCGAGAUCGCGGCGGAACGCUGGGGACUGGGGCCGCGCAAGGGAGGAUCACGACACCCAACCCCGGAGGUCCAACUGGGACAGGAGGACCCAAAGCUUUGACGCCAGGCGUAAGUACAACGACGCCGGCGAUGUCGACCGGGCUGGCCGCCGGACGCGCGAGUACCAGGAGCCCAAGAGACCCCCAAUGUCGAGGUCCUACUCACAUAACGAUCGCCGCCCUUCCGCGGAUAGCAGAGUGGAUCCAAGGAGGAGCAGAAGCAGGAGCAGGAGCAGGAGUCGAAGCAGGACCAGGAGCUACCACGCUGGCAGCAGGAGAGAUUCAGACUGCCGACCAGGCAAUCGCACCAAGGUGCCAGACUCUGGCAUUAUUCCUGCUGCUGAUGGUGAUGUUGACGAAAUGACAAGGCAGCAGAGGCUACCUAGUUCAGCAGUUGUGGUUGAAGAGGCGGAUGGCAGAGCCAAUCAGGCAAUGGCUGCUAUGGAAGGCGGGGAGAUGGAGUCGGAGACUAUCCCACUAGAACUAGAACCUACUCAAGACAUUUCUGAAGACGAGGAGGGUGAGUUUGCUCAAGACAUUUCUCAAGACGAGGAUGGUGAGUUUGCAGCUGCUCCCUUGAAUGAUGAAUGUGGUGUUGGAAUGGAUGUCACCCAGCCUCAACUGUCUGAUGCUGAUGUUCAUCUUCAUCCACCGGAAUCUGUUGAACAACUGGUGUGUAGCCAGUCCCAGCUCAGCAAUGUUGCAGUGGAAAUGGAAGCUGCAAGUGCACCCAUCGAUGCAUGUUUGAUAGAACCGCUGGUUGAGGACAAUGGCUGUUCUGAAGUAAGGGAUGAAAUGGAGGCUCCGCCUCCACAGAGUGAAGUUGAGACUAGUGUUGGUGAUCUUAACAGGGAUGAACAAGAGCUGCCAGCUUGGUACAGAAUUUUUGACCUAAGCAUUGUAGAAGCUCCAGAUGGCUGUGAAGUUACUGAGAUUCCUGGUGAUCCUCCCACAGAUCAUGUUUCUGAACCUGCGCCUUAUUUAGCUGGUCAAAUACACCAGCAACCUAACAAUUAUGCUUCACAAAUCCAAGGUGAAGAUGAGCAUGCUGGGGAAAAUUGCGUAUCUGGCGAUGGGCAUGGUUUCAACAAGUAUGAUCUGAACAAUGAGGCUAAUGAACACGCACAGGAUGACACUUCAGAAAUUCAAGGUCAGGAUGAGCAUGCGGGGGAUAAUCAUCCAUUGAAGGAUGGACAUGAUUUGAAUAGGUAUGAUCUGAACAAUGAGGUUGUUGAAGAUGCACAGAAUAAUUACCUGUUGGACAAUGAGAAAUCACUCCUAAAUCAUGGCAUGAGUGCACGCGAUACGGAUAGAUUCCACCUGAGCAAUGGGCAAUUGCUUCUGAAUCAAAAUGAAGAUGAGCAGGAAUGUGAUGACCACCGGAUGGAGAACCACCCCGUGAGUGGUGAUCAGCUCCUGCUAAGUCAUGGUGCAGACGGACAUCAUGUCAGUGAUCACCAAAUGGAAUCAAAGGUCAUGCUUUUACCUACAGGUAUGCGUGAUUUGCAUGGCUAUGAUCUGAACAGUGAGCAAAUGCUUCUACAUGAUGGUGUAGAGAAACAUGCACUUGAUAGUUGCCAUUUGACGGAUGGGCAAAUGUUUUUCGAUCAAUCAGCAGAUGGACAGGCUAGAGUACACAACAUGGGUAAUGGCCGAACAAUUCCUGUAAUUAAUCUGGAAGAUGACUAUGAAGACCAGUCUCAUACUAGGGGGUUUCUCUAAUCCAAAAGUGACUAUCUUGCAUAGACACAUCAACAGCAAAGUUUUCCUGACAACCCUCGGACUUCGUUGGACUGAGCAGCAACCUUUAUGGUCCUUAAGGGAGGGAUGCCUUUAAGUUGCUACAUAUGUAUUUUGUGCUAUCCUGACAUUAAUUUGUUUGGCACUCGUAGUAGUAGCAGCAGCAGAAGGCUGAGAUGUUUUGCUCUUCGUAAGGUUUAGUAGAAUUUUCAUGCCUUUCAAUUACAACUCCUGGGCUUAUGCUGUUCACACAUGAUGCAUGGCAUGUUGCAGUGAACCCUAGCUUGGACACUUUAACGAUGAAAAGUGUCAGCUAUGUCUUGAAACUGGUUUCUUUCCAUUACUGGCCUUCCAUUGUUACUGAUAAACAUGUUUGCUUUGUGCUAUGGUGACAGCAUACUAUAUUAUUCUAUAUUAAGCAUGCCCUGAAUUAAUACACAAAAUUGAAUGCUUUUCACGUGUUCAGCUGCCUUUUCUGCUCAUACUGUAACCAUUUCAAUAUAUUUGCAUGAAUAAAAAACCAUAGUAGGUUGUUUAGGGCAAGAAAAACCAUUGUAGCUAUGACCAUUAAAACCACAGUGGUGGGUUUCUUCUAAGUUGUUGAUCCAUGUGCUGUGCAUGCGCAACGAGUAGUUUGUGAGAUGAUGCAAGCCGUGUUCUUGUGCAGUUUGUCAGACAAGGCAGGGUGUGUUCUUGUGUAUUUCUGCUGUCGUGUGACUGUUGCAAAUAACAAUAUGUCGUUCAUUUUCGUCACUCGGCUGAUUUAUAUUGUGAACUAGUUCUUUUUUUUUUCGUGAGUGUGAACUUGACAACUUUACUUUGCGCUGACUGUUGUGGACUUGUGGGGGCUUUUAGCUAGAGGAAGUGCAUUCCUUUUCUUGUGUGACUACUAUCAGAGUAUCAGCACUUAACUUUACCUUU